CCCGGGUGCUGUGCAGGCGGCGCUGCGCGGGGCGGCCGGGCUGGGGUCGGGGUCGGCGGCCCCAGGCGCCCGAGUGGGGUGCGCCCAGCGGGCCGCGGCCGCCAAGCAGCCAUGGCGGAGGCCGCACCGCAGCACCUGGCGCUGCCCUCAGGGCUGCUGGAGUUGUGCGCGCUGCUGGGGCCCUCCCGGGACAGCCUUCGCGGCCUCGAGCAGGUGUCCCUGAAGCAGGGGGUCAGCAGCCCCUCUUCUCUUGAUCCAGAGGUCCUGUCCGUUUUUGUGCCUCCUUUCGUCAGUAAGGAGGACAGUCAGACGGCUGGCGCCCCCUCUGCGACUCUGAGCAAGACCAGAAGGCGCUCCUUCAGAAAGAAGAGGGACAAGCCCAAAACGGAGCCCUGGAAGGGCCUCCCUCCUGAAGACAUUAGUGUCCCCAACGGUGUGGACCUGCUUGCCCUGCCUCAGCUCUGCUUCCCAGGGGGCAUGUACGUGGCCUCCGAACCGAAGGAGGACUGUGUCCACUUCCUGGUGCUGACCGAUGUCUGUGGGAACAGAACGUACGCCGUGGUUGCCCAGUACUACCGACCCCUGCAGGACGAGUCGUGUUUCUACAACGGCAAGGCGCACUGGGAGCCAUCCUGGCCGACCGCGGGCAUGGCUGGCUGCUUCGUACCCUUCGCGGUGUGCGUGGUCUCCAAGCUCCCCUACUACAACGCCCUCAAGGACUGCCUGUCCUGUUUAUUGACUCAUCUGAAGCUCUGUAAAGAUUUUGAAGUUGACAAUCACAUAAAAGAUUUUGCUGCAAAACUGUCUUUAAUACCUAGCCCGCCGCCUGGACCGCUUCAUUUGAUAUUUAACAUGAAGCCACUACAGAUCGUGUUUCCCUCCCGCGCGGACCCUGAGAGCCCGGUCAUCGACUUGGACCUUCACCUGCCCUUGCUGUGCUUCAGGCCCGAGAAAGUGCUGCAGAUCCUAACGUGCCUCCUCACGGAGCAGCGGGUCGUGUUCUUCUCCUCCAGCUGGGCGCUGCUACCGCUGGUCGCCGAGUGCUUCCUGGCCUACCUGCACCCCCUGCAGUGGCAGCACACGUUCGUGCCCGUCUUGUCGCGCCAGAUGCUGGACUUCGUCAUGGCGCCGACGUCCUUCCUCAUGGGCUGCCACCUCGACUACUUUGAAGAAGUCAGCAAGGAAGCUGAUGGUCUAAUUCUGAUCAAUAUCGAUAACGGGAGCGUCACGUGCUCGAGUGACGAGGACGUCGAUGUCCCUGACAUCCCCCUGCUGGCGGCCCAGACUUUUACUCAGAGGGUCCAGAGCCUCCAGUUGCACCACGAGCUGGACCUUGCGCACCAGGGCGCCAGCACGGACCUGAACGGGGAGCGCGCCCGCAGGCGGGCCUGGCAGCGGAGACUCAACUGCCAGGUGCAGCAGGUGGCCCUGCAGCUGCUCUUCAGCGUCUUCAGGGAAGUGAAGAACCAUCUGAAUUACGAACACCGAGUGUUUAAUAGUGAGGAGUUUCUCAAAACCAGGGCUCCGGGGGACCAGCAGUUUUAUAGACAGCCCGGCUCAGCAGAAGGAUGGACGCCUUUGCACAGAUGGACCUCCACACACAGUCCGAAGAGGACAGGUGCUGUCAGCAGUGCGCGCCCGACUCUGGGGACCAGACGCUCGAGCAGCGUGAAUUUAUUUGGGUGGAUGAAUGAUACGUUCGACCAGAAGACCUCACAUUCAGAAACAUUAAACGGGACGCUGGCAAGUCCAAGAAGACCAACCAUUGAGAAGAUGGCCCCAUGGAAAUCUUCGCUGCUUCACGUCACUCAUAGGAGAAUGGUGGUCAGCAUGCCCAACCUGCAGGACAUCGCGGUUCCUGAGCUGCCGGCCCGGAACUCGUCGCUUCGCAAAGUGGACGCCGCGGACUACGGAAGCGGCAGCAUAGUUGUGAGUGUGACCCCGAAGCCGACGUAUACGUUCAAGAUCCCGGAGAUCCACUUCCCCCUGGUGAGCCAGUGCGUGCAGGCCUACUACUCCGACUGCGUCGCGCUGCUGAGCAAGGCCAUGAGCCUUCUGGCCCCCGACAACUCCGCGCUCCUGGCGCGGUAUUUCUACCUCCGCGGGGCCGUGCACCUGAUGCACGGGCAGCUGCUGGACGCCCUCCUGGACUUCCAGAGUCUGUACAAAACAGACAUCAGGAUCUUUCCUGCCGAUCUCGUGCGGAGGACCGUGGCGUCCCUGUCGGGCCCCCAGCGCGCCCAGGCCGAGCGGGUGCCCGAGCUGCGGCGGCUCAUCAGUGAGGUGGUGGACAAGCCCGGAGAGGCCCCCAAGCCGGACGACCGCGUGAAAAACUUCGAGCUGCCCAAGAAGCACAUGCAGCUGGAUGAUUUUGUGAAGAGGGUUCAGGAGUCGGGCAUCGUGAAGGACACCAACAUCAUACACCGACUGUUUGAGGCGCUAACCGUAGGACACCAGAAACAGAUUGAUCCAGAAACAUUCAAAGAUUUCUACAACUGCUGGAAGGAGGCAGAAGCAGAGGCCCAGGAGGUCAGUCUGCCCUUGUCGGUGGUGGAGCACCUGGAUAAGAACGAGUAUGUUUAUAAGCUGUCGAGCUCCGUCAAGACGAAUCGCGGCGUGGGCAAGAUCGCCAUGACCCAGAAGCGCCUGUUCCUCCUGACGGAAGGGAGACCGGGCUACGUGGAGAUUUCCACCUUCAGGAACAUAGAGGAAGUGAGAAGUACCACCGUAGCUUUUCUACUCCUGCGAAUACCCACUUUAAGAAUUAAGAUGGCAGCCAAGAAAGAAGUGUUCGAAGCUAAUCUGAAGACGGAGUGUGACCUGUGGUACCUGAUGGUGAAGGAGAUGUGGGCCGGAAAGAAGCUGGCUGAGGACCACAAGGACCCCCAGUACAUCCAGCAGGCGCUGACGCACGUCUUGCUGAUGGACGCCGUGGUCGGCACGCUGCAGUCGCCGGGCGCCAUCUAUGCCGCCUCCAAACUGUCCUACUUCGAUAAGAUGAAGAACGAAAUGCCCACAGCGUUUCCGAAGACAACCUCGGAAACCCUGAAGCACAAGAUAAACCCUUCAGCGGGAGAGACUUUGCCGCACGCUGUCGACGUCUUGCUCUAUACCCCAGGGCACCUGGACCCCGCAGAGAAGGUGGCGGACGCCCACCCCAAGUUGUGGUGUGCUCUGAACGAAGGCAAGGUGACCGUGUUUGACGCUUCCUCUUGGACGAUCCACCAGCACUGUUUCAAAGUGGGCACCUCCAAAUUGAACUGCAUGGCGAUGGCGGAGCAGAGCCAGGUGUGGGCGGGCUCGGAGGACUCGGUCAUCUACAUCCUCAACGUCCACAGCAUGUCCUGCAACAAGCAGCUGACCGACCACCGCUCUGGCGUCACGGGCUUGGCUGUCCAGCACGGGACGCCCAGCAAGGUGUACUCGUGCAGCGCGGACGGGACUGUCCUGGCGUGGAACGUGAGCUCCCUGCGCGUGACCAGCAGGUUCCAGCUGCCCGGCGGCAGGCUCUCGUCCAUCAGCCUGCAUGAUGGCCACCUGUGGUGCUGCACAGGGAACAGUAUCGUGGUUGUGACAUCGAGCGGACUCCUUUGUCAGGAGCUGAAGAUCAGCGAGAACUUUAAGGAGACCAGCGCCUCCUUCCUCAGUUUCCAGCUCCUGCCCGAGCAGGAGCAGCUCUGGACGGCGUGUGCCGGACUCGACAGCAUCUACGUUUGGAGCCUGAAGGACCUGACCCAGCGCCCUCAGAGGGUUCACCUUCAGGACUGCUCCGAGGUCAGCUGCAUGAUCAGGGUGAAGAAGCAGAUCUGGGUAGGUGGCACAGGUUUGUCACAGGGGAAAUCCAAAGGGAAAAUCUACGUGAUCGACGCGGAGAAGAAGACGGUGGAAAAGGAGCUGGUGGCCCACAUGGACACGGUGAAGACCCUGUGCUCGGCUGAGGACAGAUACGUGCUGAGUGGGUCAGGCAGGGGGGAAGGGAAGAUCGCCAUCUGGAAGGUUGAGUAGAUGUGGGUGAACGGGCUGAGCAGGCUAUGUUCUGCCCCUGCCGGUGCUCUCGGAGGAGGUUGGCCGGGGAGCCACUCCAGGCCUGGCGGGGGGGGGGGGGGGGGGGGGGCGGCGUGUGUCGGACUUCCCUGACUGAACCGUACCCACAGCGUGUCAGGUUGGGGUGCUUCUCAGGCAGGUGGCUGGAUCAACUUGCUAAUAGGCUCUGUUGUGAAGUUACCCUGGGUGUUGUCUAGAAAGUUCCAGAACCCAUGACUAGGGACCAGCACCAGAGCCUGAGGGAAGUGAUGUAGCCAAAUCACGUCUGAGCUGCAGACCUCAGGUCUGGUGUGCGUUUCCUCUAUUUCAUUCAUUCAACCGGCAUACAGUAAGCGUCGGGUCUGCAGGAGACCUCCAGCCGUAGGCUGGCCCCUUGUUUCCAGCGAAGUUUAUGAGAGGAGAUGCUUUUUAAAUGGCCACUUUGUGGUUGAAGAGAUUUGUGCCUGCCCUUGCUGUGCCCUAUCAGAGGAGGGGACGGGGCAGGGACAGCGCUGUGCUCAGGGUGUCUGGACGGCAGCUGGGCGAGCUGACGCAAGCUCUGGGUUUCUUUUCCUUUAACUAAUGCCAAGUUUUUAAAUGAAGAAACCUAAAGAGACUUUGCUACCAAAGAUCACCAAUGAAGAGUUCCACCUAAAAUAGCAUUUGUCAUCGAGUUUUCUAGUGACGUUGCUGCCACGCACACUCACGUGGCACCUCAACCGUCCGCCUCCUGUACGCAGAAGGACCUUCGUAGAUGGUGCUGUAUUAUUUAACCGGAGAUGAUCUUGUCAGCUAUAAACAAGUUUUUGCAAAAAAGACCUCUUACACAUUUUUGCUAUAACAUUGAGCUGUUCCUCCCUCGGUGUCCAGCAAGCAGGUUUUGACCUAGUUACCAGAUGUGGAAGCAGCAGCCCGAGAGCACCGUCCCCGACAGACCCCCCAUGAGCUCAGCCGCCGCGCCAGACCUCACUCGCCAUGAGAGGUUGCGGGGGGUGUUCGUCAGGCCCCCAGGACAGGCCGACCUUCAGUAGCAUCCAGAACCUCCAGACGAAAGGUCUGACCAGGCCCUGGGCUAGGUCGCAGGACCUGAGCAUCUUGCAAGGUCCAGAUCCCUGACCCACAUUCUGGGGUGUUCUGGGAAUAUGGUGCAGAGAACAGCUGGGCAGCCUCAUGCCCCCGCGACUACGCUUACGAAGAGGGUGAGUUCCUGACUUCUAGAAGGAAGACUCGGCCAUAGCAAAGAAAAGGACAGAAGGUUGAAUCCUACUUUUGUAAACACGUGAAAAAUUACGGUCAAAUCUUGUCAGAAAUACUCCUAAGUUAUUUAAUGUCAAUCCACACGUAACCAGAUAUUUUCACCUUGUCAAUAAUAAAUUCUUUGUUUCCUAAA